AGCGUGGGCGGUCCACUGAGGGGUCUACUUUAGGAGCUGGAUCCACAGACCACACAAGUCAUCAAGUGGCGCUCAAAGACCGAAGACCACCUGCAGGGGUUGUUGUGUUUUUGGGGUGGAAAUGAAGAGGAAUGUCCCGCUUGUGACAUCGCAAAAAAAGGACCGGUCCGCUUAGUCCCCCAUAUCUCCUGAAAGCGACGUGCGCCAUGGACCGCUCCGUGCAGGAACUCUUCCUCAACUUCAUGAUCGUCCUGGUCACCGUGCUGCUGAUGUGGCUGCUGGUCAAGACCUACCAGGACUAGCCUGCUUGUCCACUUCCUGUGUGGGGACUCACACACGGUUUUAGUAUGAAAGGUGACUUUUCUAGGGUUGUGUGCAUGCCAUGAGAGGCAAAAGUCGUUGGCGUGCAGCGUGUAACCUGGUCAGUUGACAACAUGACAUUUUGCACACGUAUCCGCUCGAUGCUGACAAUAAAAUCACAAUUUGGUUGA